CGCUUUCUCUAUCCCUUUGCCUUCAUAUAAUUUUUUCCCUUUUUCUUUAACCUUACCAAAACUCGUCAAUUAAUUUUGCUGGAAUGAGUGAAGAAGGCGUCGAUUAUUACGAUUCCAGACCAGAUCGGGACGAGGAAGAAGAAAAUUCGGAAGAAGAAGGUGAACCUACUUAUGGUCGCCGAAAUUCAGACGAUGACGAAGACGAAGAAGAAGAGGAAGACGACGAAGAAGAAGCACGACAGAUUGCAGAAGGAUUCAUUGUCGACGAUGAAGAUGAAGAAGAUCACGAUUCUGAUGCUGAACAACAAAAAGUCGCUCGACGAAGAAAGAGAAAGAAGAUCGAAGAUUUUGAAGAAGAGUUGGAUGAAGAAGAUUUGGACCUAUUGGAAGAAAAUACGGGUCUGAAAUUGUCUCGAGAGCCCAAGCUGAAGCGUUUGAAACGAGGCCGUCAAGAGGAACCUGAACAUUCAGAAACAGCGGCAGAUAAGUUUUUUUCUGACGAAGAACUUUACGAAGAAGCUCAGGACGAACAACAAGUCGAAGAAGAUCAGUAUGCAACACAAUAUCGACGUCGACAAGUCUACGAUGACAUGGACGACUUUAUCGCCGAAGAAGAUGAUGAAGAGGGUCUUGUAGAUGAUCGAGCUGAUCUGUAUAACCGUGAAGCACCUCGGCGAGGUGCCGCUAAAGAUAUGAUGGAUAUUUUGCCAGAAGGGUUAAGUGAAGAUGUUCUUGCUGAUAUGUAUGAUAUCUUUGGUGACGGCGCUGAUUAUGAGUGGGCUCUCGAAGAAGAGCCGGCCGAAUACGAGGAAGAGCAAUUGGAACCAAAGCUGGCCGACGUAUUUGAACCAAGUGAACUUAAAGCUCGUAUGCUUACAGAGGAAGAUGAGGAAGUGCGGAUGCGUGAUAUUCCCGAGCGUAUGCAGGUGCGUUAUGCCGGUACACGCAAGACAUUCGAUAUCCCACCUAGCGAUGAAGAAAUUCAGGUUGAAGGCACAUGGGUUGCACGAGAACUGGCGAGCGUGAAAAACAUUGACCAGCCUACCGAACAUUUCCUAAACGCGGUCAAGCACGUCGUUUCUUUUAUCUCACGCGAGUAUCUCGAAGUUCCUUACAUAUCUGACCACCGACGCGACUAUUUCACCGAAGUUGACCCUGAUGGUGUAACGACCGAGCUUUUGACGCACGACGAUCUGUGGAAGAUUUACGAUCUCGACUUUAAAUACACCAGCUUCGCCAACCGUAAAGCUGGCUUACGCGAAUACCUAUCAAAAUGUUCCAUUUACGAUGAAUAUGUGAGCAAUUUGGUCGAUAAGGCGGAAAAGAUCGAAGAAUUGAACGAUAUCUCGGAUUACGUGAACCUCAGAUUUGCCGAUAAUGUCAACUCAUUGCAAAAGCAGACUAAGGGUCCUAAGCGACCUGCAAACAAAUCGUUGUACGAAAUCAGCUUACGGAACAAAGUCUCAGAGUUCCUACCACGUUUUGGUAUCACAGCAGCGCAGUACGGUGCCAACUAUCUUGAAAGAAGUCGUCGAUACUACCCAGAAGAUGCAUUAGUUAGUCCAGAAGAGGAGGCAGCAACGUUUGUUAGCACUAGCUUCAGCGAUUCAGGACGCGUUUUAAGAGCUGCCCGCAGUGUGCUGAGUCAGGACAUUGCGCAUGAUCCGCAGGUCCGAAAAGCAAUGCGACGCGACUGGGAAGCAAGAGCAGUUGUUAGUGUCAAGCCAACUGACAAGGGCUUCGAUCAAAUUGACGAUCUUCAUCCUAUGCAUCCAUUUAAAUACGUCCAUGACAAACCAAUUUCGAGCUUUACAAACGGCGAAUAUUUAUUACUCAUGAAGGGAGAGGAAGACGGUUUACUGUCGGUCCAUGUCAAUAUUGCAAACUACGAUGGAUGGUUUAACCAAAUUGCAGAAUAUUACAUGUCGGAUGGAUACAGUGACUCGGCACAACAAUGGAACCAACAACGACAAGACGUCCUGCAAAUGGCAUUAUCGGAGCAUCUGAUUCCGAUUAUGGAGAAAUAUAGCCGUGAAAAGUUACGCAUCGAAGCCCAAGAGGCCGUCUGUGAUGCCAGUUAUCAAUCGCUCAUGUCCAAAGUCAACGUGGGUGCGUUCCGUGGUCCCGAUGCUGAUCGGUACAAGAACGGUAUUCCGCGUGUUAUUGCGGUUUCCUCUGGCAACGGCGAGCGAAAUGACCCUGUUGUGGCAGUAUUCGUCAACCAUCGAGGCCGACUUGCUGACAGACUUGAAGUACCGACUUUACGAGACGAAAAAUACUGGAAACAGAUGGUGGAAUUUGUUUCGUCGAAGAAGCCAAACGUCAUCGGCGUCGCUGGCUUUACUGCACAAACUCGUCACGUCUAUAAGAGCAUGCAAACUUUGCUCAACGAUAUCAACAACACAGAUUCCAGCGUUCCGACGAUCGAUUUAUUGGCUGUCGACGACGAAGCCUCACGUUUAUAUAAAAACUCCAAGCGGGCACGAGAUGAAUUUGGCGAGUUUUCCGAAGUCACGCGCUACUGCAUCAGUCUGGCGCGCCGAUUGCAAUGCCCCAUCCUCGAAUAUACCGGUUUGGACCGCGAUCUUUUAGCCCUGCGACACCAUGAUCUGCAAAACCUUGUGCCAGAAGAGAUGUUGCUGGCGUCUUUGGAACGUGCCUUGAUCAAUGUGGUGAACGAUUUGGGUAUCGACAUUAAUGCAACUGCAAGUUCUCCCUAUCUUGCCACAGCAUUAAAGUAUGUCUGUGGUCUUGGUCCUCGAAAGGCCCAGAGCAUAUUACAAAAGAUCGAUGCAAAGGGCGAGCUAGAGAGCCGGUCUGCUCUGGUAACACGAGGCAUGACACCCGCCAUUACCUUUAUGAAUUGUGCCAGCUAUUUACGGAUACGAAACGUCGAUGAUGCCGAUAUAUUAGACGACACGCGAAUCCAUCCCCAAGAAUACGAUUUGGCGAGAAAAAUGGCUGGCGAUGCACUAGAAAUCGACGAAGACGAAAUGGACGACUAUGAAACCAAAGUCAUGAUUGUCAGACGCGUUGUCAAAGAAUACCCCAACAAGUUGAAUGAUCUGAUUUUGGAUGAUUACGCAGUGGUUUUAAGAACACAAUACAAUGCACCCAAACGACAGAUUUUGGAGCACAUCAAGCUCGAACUGCAAGGUCCCUACCAUGACCGACGACAGAAAUACACGCGACCUACAAUGGAUGAAACGUUUAGAAUGGUUUCUGGCGAAACCCGCGAUACGCUUCGGGAAGGAUUUAUCCUACCGGUUAAGAUUCACUCUCUUCGAGGAAAAAUGGCAAUUUGUCAGCUGGAUUCAGGCUUAGACGGAUACAUCUACAUUGACCAAGCAUCCGAUAAUCGCAUCAUGAGCGUAGCUGAUGUUUUGGAGCAUGGAUCCACAAUAAAUGCCAAAGUACUAGGUAUCGACAGAGACAAGUUUGCCGUUACCUUAUCCUCCAAAGCAUCUGAUACAAAGCCCAACUCUGAUCUCUCAUUACGACGACAACCGAACGACCACUACUAUGAUUCACAAGCAGAAGCGCGAGAAAUCGAACGACGACGUGCAAUGCGCAAAAAGCGGACCAAGACGCAACGUGUCAUCAACCAUCCGUUAUUCCACCAGUUCAAUUAUAUGGAGGCUGAAGAAUAUCUUGCUUCCCGCCAGCGCGGCGACCUUGUUAUCAGACCAUCAUCUCGGGGUCCCGAACAUAUCGCUAUCACUUGGAAGGUGGAUGAAGGUGUCUAUCAACACAUUGAUGUUGUGGAGAUGCGCAAGGACGCGUCCGUGUUUGCACCAGUGCAGUACAAGAUUGGCGAACACAUUUUUGACGAUUUAGAUCAGCUAAUUGUCACCUAUGUCGAAGCUAUCGCUGCCAAGGCAGAAGAACUUAUUGCACAUCCAAAAUAUCGACCUGGCGGUGCUACUGCGCUCAAAUCACAUUUAUCGUCGCUUACAAUGGCAAACCCAAGGAUUUCAGCGUACGGCUUCUGUCUUUCUGACCGUCCGGGAUACUUUGAACUUGGGUUCAAGCUAAACGCCAAAUCACCUGCUGCACAAUGGGCUAUCAAGUUACUGCCUGAUGGUUAUCGUCUUCGGGACACAUCAUACCCUGUGGUAGCUGAUCUCAUUAACGGCUUCAAGCGGAUACAAGCCAACGAAGCACAACAACGCCGACCUCGACAUGGUCACAAUCAUGGUGCUCAUGGCUACCAUGGUCAACGACCACCAAGACAUUAGUAUUAGCAGUGCGCUUUACCUAACAAAAGACAGUCCCAAAAAAAAGUAGUGUAAGAGAAGACAGUGACAUACAAUAUCGACAAGAAAAACAUCUUAAUACACACGCAGUUUGCUCUUUGCUUUGUUUUUAUAUUAAUUAAUUGUGAUUUGAAAAAUAAAAGGGGUUGGCUUGUCUA